UGUGAUGUAGCUACAUGGAAUCAAGAGGAUUUUGAAGCGUUGAAGAAAACAUUAAGUCAAUUCAUUCCACUUAUUCGAUUUAUGGAAAUUACUAGUGCUGAUUUUUAUGAUAAAGUUCGACCUUUUAAAGCUAUCAUUCCUCAUCAUAUUUAUGAAGAGAUUACUGAAUUUUAUUAUAAAAACACCUUACCAAAGUUAUCAACUUUACCGCCUCGCGUGAGUAAACUAGAAUCAAACAUAAUCGAACCAAUGCUCGCAACCGUUAUAGCUAAUUGGAUUGAUAAAAAAGAUUCAACCGUUCAUGCAUCCAAUAACCGGUAUAAGUUUAAUCUUAUUUACCUAAAAAGUCGGGAUAGUUUUGAUCGUAAGGUGUUUCAUAACAAGUGUUGUGGACAAGGACCAUUUGUGGCGUUGAUAAAAGUUCGAUCAAAAAAAAUUUAUGGAGGUUAUAAUCCAAUUGGUUAUGCGUCGAGAAAUAAUCAAUGGUUAUCUUCUUCUGAUAGUUUUAUCUUUUCUUUUGAAAAUGAUCAUGAUAUACAUAACAUGAAACUUGGUAGGGUAAUUAAUAUGGACAUGUCGAUACGAGAGAAUUAUAGUAGCUCCAAUUUCAUUAAUUUUGGAAAUUAUUUAUAUACAAACGGACAAAAUCUCAAUUUUAGUAACUCUGGAAAUUAUAAUAAUGUAUGUAAUAUUAGCAAAAAUGUGCAUGUACCUGUUGAAGAAAUUGAAGUCUUUAGUGUAGUUAAAAAAUAA